UUUAUUCACAAUGUCGGAGGAGACGGUUCCAUUGCCCACCUGGCUGAAAGCCGACCUGUUUGAGAAAUUGCUAAGUGAGCAAUUUGGGGAUAAGUAUGCUGGAAUCAAGAGCUUCAAGCCGGUGGCCGGUCUCAAGCCAGGGGAAAAUUACUCCUCCAUUAUGCUACGCCUCCACUUUGAAGUCGAACUAAAGGAUCACACCAUCGAAAAUGUUAGCUUUAUGAUGAAGACUCCACACGAUUUCGAGAUGUACCGGGAAAUUCUGAAGAAGAACAACAUGUUUGUGGUUGAGCGAGAUGUGUUCCUGCAGGUGAUACCCGAGCUGGAAAAGAUGUAUAAGGAUGCGGGGCUGGAGGUUCAGUUUGGUGCCAAGGCCUAUGAAAUCGAUGCUCCCGAUGAGUAUGUUCUCCUCCAGGACCUUAAACCUUUUGGUUUCAAGAAUGUCGAUCGACUUGAGGGUCUGGACAUGAUCCACACAAAGUGUGUUCUAAAAAAGAUGGCUCAGUGGCAUGCUGCAUCGGCCAAUAGGCUUCAUCUUAAAGGUCCCUAUACCCAGAACUACUUGCAACCCACCUAUGCUGAUAGCAUGAAGGAUAACAUCGAACAGGUGGCAGAUACCUUGGGAAAGUACUUCCUCAAGUGUCUCCCUCUAUAUGAGGGCUACGAGGAGUAUAGCGAAGCGGUGCACAAGAUGCAGCCUAAAAUAGUGGAUCUGAUUUAUGCCAUGAACAAGCCAGAUCCAGCGGACUUCAAUGCUCUAAAUCAUGGAGAUUGCUGGGCGAACAACAUUAUGUUCAGAUACGAGGAAGAAUCCCCCGAACCAGCCGAGACCUUCUUUGUGGACCUUCAACUGCCAAAGGUGACCUGCGUGGCCCAUGAUCUGAUGUAUUUCCUUCUCGGAUCGACGAAAUACGAAAUCCAAUUGAGUCAAUUCGAUUACUUUAUCAAGUACUAUCACGAUCAGCUGAUCGAGCACUUGCGAUUGCUAAAUUACCCGGCUGCAAAGACACCUUCGCUGCGUUUCCUGCACACUCAACUGCUGAAACAUGGACAAGUUGGAUAUCACACUGUCUUGAUGCUCUGCCCUCCUGUUCUGCUCGAUCGAACUGAUGAUGCCAAUUUGACUGACUUCGUCACCGAGUCGGAUAAUGGUGAUGGUCUCAAGAUGGCCAUGUAUUCCAAUGCCCGAUAUAAGAAGCAUGUUAGCGCCAUUUUGACAUGGAUGAAUAACCGAGGGGCUUUUCAGUUCUAAGUAAAAAUGAUUGUCGAUAUGACAACUAUUAUACUAAUCCAAACUGAUUACUAACUGUCUCUUUUGUUUUAAGAGCUUAAAUGAACAGAAAACAAAUUAAAAAUAAACAAUGAAAUUAACUAACUACAAGCAAUUGUAUUAAAUUUGAUUUACAUUGAAUAAAAAUUGAAAUAUUA